UUGUCCUCCGAGAGCGCUUGGCUUUUCCCGCCCUUCACUGGCCUCUGGAGGAGAGUCAGAGUUCACGCCCCUCUCUGGGGAUACCUGCUCGAAGCCAGAGGAUGCGGGGACUAGUAGGUGGCGGACGUCCCUCUGGCCCAGAAUCUUAAGGGGCAAAGGACAUACUCUGGGACUAUUAACUCCGCCGAGAGCUAGGAGGCGGGAAGAGGUGUGUGGGCGGGGUCAGGGGUGAAAGGUCAUAGGGCUGCGAAGGGGGCGGAGCGAGCCGGAGGCGGAUGGCGGCUGCCGCGGCUGUUCAGCUUUGGCGGCAGAGUCACUGAAACGGGGACGCUGGUCCGACGCGUCCGGCAGUGGGAGAAGAGCGGCGGCCGCUCCCAACAUGCACAGCCUGGCGACGGCUGCGCCUGUGCCUACUGCACUGGCUCAGGUAGAUAGAGAAAAAAUCUAUCAGUGGAUCAAUGAGCUGUCCAGUCCUGAGACAAGGGAAAAUGCUUUGCUGGAGCUGAGUAAGAAGCGAGAAUCUGUCCCUGAUCUUGCACCCAUGCUGUGGCAUUCAUUUGGUACUAUUGCAGCACUUUUACAGGAAAUUGUGAAUAUUUAUCCAUCUAUCAACCCCCCCACCUUGACAGCACACCAGUCUAACAGAGUUUGCAAUGCUCUGGCUUUGCUGCAAUGUGUGGCGUCACACCCGGAAACCAGGUCAGCAUUUCUUGCAGCACACAUCCCACUUUUUUUGUACCCCUUUUUGCACACCGUCAGCAAAACGCGGCCCUUUGAAUAUCUUCGGCUAACCAGUCUUGGAGUUAUUGGGGCCCUAGUGAAAACAGAUGAGCAGGAAGUAAUCAACUUUUUAUUGACAACAGAAAUUAUCCCUUUGUGUUUGCGCAUUAUGGAAUCUGGAAGUGAACUUUCUAAAACGGUUGCCACAUUCAUCCUCCAGAAGAUCCUCUUAGAUGACACAGGUUUGGCAUAUAUAUGUCAGACAUACGAGCGUUUCUCCCACGUUGCCAUGAUCUUGGGUAAGAUGGUCCUGCAGCUAUCCAAAGAGCCUUCCGCCCGUCUGCUGAAGCACGUAGUGAGGUGUUACCUUCGACUCUCAGAUAAUCCCAGGGCACGUGAAGCGCUCAGGCAGUGCCUCCCUGACCAGCUGAAGGACACGACCUUCGCCCAGGUGCUAAAAGAUGACACCACCACGAAACGCUGGCUUGCACAACUGGUGAAGAACCUGCAAGAGGGCCAGGUCACCGAUCCUCGGGGGAUCCCCCUGCCCCCUCAGUGACCCUCCCCUGUCCCCUUCUACCACUCCCCCGAGUUGGGGGUGGGGAAUCCUCGAGGAAAACAGCUCAGGUUUUACCGCCGACCAGGAAUAGACAACCUCAAUGCUGACGUGCACUGGAGAACAGGGGCAAGGUCGCCCCGCUGGGGUGAAUGGGCUGCCUCUGGGACCUGGGCUCCCUCCGCUCGUCCCAGGAGAUGGGCUCCUGACACAGCAGCCUGCCACCACAGCUCCAGGAGGGUGUCCACACCAGCAAAUGCUGUGUCUGCAGCGUGCCCGCGAUGGCCAUUCUCCCCAACCCGGACCGGCUGCGGGCAGGGUGGGGCCGUGG